AUGUGGAGGCUCAGGAUUGCAGCUGAGGCUGGAGAUAGCCCUCACUUGUUCAGCACCAACAACUACGUAGGCAGGCAGAUUUGGGAGUUUGAUGCAAACUCAGGCUCUCUAGAAGAACGUGAAGAGGUCGAUAGAGCUCGUCAGAAUUUUUCCAUAAACCGUUCUCGUUUCAAGGCUAGUGCCGAUCUCCUCUGGCGCAUGCAGUUUCUGAAGGAGAAGAAGUUUAAGCAGAAAAUUCCUCAAGUAAGAAUAGAAAAUGCAGAGGAAAUAAAAUAUGAAGACGCAAGGGCAGCACUGAGGAGAGGGGUGGUUUAUUUUGCGGCCUUGCAGGCUGAUGAUGGACAUUGGCCUGCUGAAAAUUCUGGUUCUAUGUUCUUCAACGCCCCCUUUUUCAUAUCCUUGUACAUCACUGGCCAUCUCGAGAAAACUUUCACUCCUGAGCAUCGCAAAGAGUUCAUGCGUUACAUGUUUAACCAUCAGAACGAUGAUGGUGGAUGGGGAAUACAUGUGGAGGGCCACAGUGUUAUGUUCUGUACAGUCCUCAAUUACAUCUGUCUAAGAAUAUUUGGGAUGGAUCAAGAAAGUGUGUGUGCAAGAGCUCGUAAGUGGAUCCUCGACCAUGGUGGUGCCGCGUAUACGCCCUUGUUUGGAAAGAUUUGGCUCUCGGUUCUUGGUGUGUAUGAUUGGUCUGGUUGCAAGCCCAUGCCACCCGAGUUAUGGAUGCUCCCUUCUUCAUGUCCUUUUAACGGAGGAACUGUUUGGAUUUAUUUACGAGACAUUUUCAUGGCGGUAUCAUACUUGUAUGGAAAAAAAUUUGUUGCUACUCCAACACCUCUAAUAGCACAGCUCCGGGAAGAGCUUUAUCCUCAGCCUUACAACAAAAUCAAAUGGAGUCAAGCUCGCAAUCUAUGUGCAAAGGAGGAUCUAUAUUAUCCACAGUCAUUUUUGCAAGAUAUGUUUUGGAGAAGUGUUCAUAUGUUCUCAGAGAACAUCUUCAACCGAUGGCCUUUCAACAAGCUCCUAAGACAAAGAGCUCUCCGAAAGACAAUGGAAAUCAUUCACUAUCACGAUGAAUCGACUCGAUACAUUACCGGUGGAUGUGUACAAAAGCCGUUCCAUAUGCUUGCUUGCUGGGUAGACGACCCAGACGGUGAUUAUUUUAAGAAACAUCUUGCUCGAGUCCCAGAUUUCAUAUGGAUAGGCGAAGAUGGUCUAAAAAUCCAGUCUUUUGGUAGCCAGUUGUGGGAUACGGCCUUAUCGCUGGAGGUCUUGUUAGCUGCUGAUAUGGAUGAUGAGAUUAGCUCAACGUUGAUCAAAGGAUACGACUUCUUGAAGAAAUCUCAGCUGACAGAGAACCCUCCCGGUGAUCACAGGAAAAUGUUUCGAGAGAUAACCAAAGGCGCGUGGACCUUUUCAGACCAAGAUCAAGGAUGGGCUGUUUCUGACUGCACUGCUGAGAGUCUAGAGUGCUGCCUAAUCUUUGAGAGCAUGACAAUGUUGGGUGAGAAAAUGGAUGCAGAGAAGCUGUACGAUGCCGUUAAUUUGCUUCUAUGCUUUCAGAGCAAGAAUGGAGGUUUAGCUGUGUGGGAGCCUGCUCGUGGGAAUACCUGGCUUGAGUGGCUGAGUCCCGUGGAGUUUGCGGAAGACACAGUCGUCGAGAUAGAGUAUCUUGAAUGUACAGGGUCCGCAAUAGUAGCGCUGGUUCGGUUCUUGGAAAUGUUUCCAGGCCACAGAAAAGAAGAAGUGGAGAGUUUUAUAAGAAAGGGCAUAAAAUACAUUGAGAGUUUCCAAAUGCCAGAUGGUUCAUGGUAUGGAAACUGGGGCGUGUGCUUUAUCUUUGGGACCUUAAAUGCGGUCCGUGGUCUCGUUGCCGCAGGCAAGACUUACAGUAACUGUGAUGCUAUCCGUAGAGCGGUUCAGUUCCUUCUACAUACACAAAAUGCAGAAGGUGGAUGGGGUGAGAGCUAUCUCUCUUGCCCCAAUAAGAAAUAUACUCCUUUGGAAGGAAACAAGACGAAUGUUGUGAAUACAGCACAAGCAAUGAUGGGUCUAAUUAUGGGUGGUCAGAUGGAGAGGGAUCCAAGACCGGUUCAUCGCGCUGCUAAGGUGUUGAUUAAUUCACAGCUGGAGAACGGUGAUUUCCCACAACAG